UAUUCUUUUGCCAUGAAUAACAGGAAUCCUUGCACCGAUGGCCCCUGUAUACGAAGGUAUGGCCUCGCAUGUGCAAGUGUUUUCCCCUCACACUCUCCAGUCAAGUGCCUUCUUUAGCGUGAAGAAACUGAAGGUGGAGCAGAGUUGCAACUGGGAUAUGACAGGGUACGGCACACACAGCAAAGUGUACAGCCACAACAGCAGCAAGAACGUGUCGGCCGCCACCGGCCCCCUGGGCAUCAACGGCUCCCUGCAGGUGGCCAGCUCCACCCUGCCCUACGAGCAGGCGCUCAUCUUCCCAGCCAGCGCAGGCCACAUUGUGGUUGCCUCAGCUAGCAGCACUUCGGGAGCCGUGGGGUCUCUGCUGGGCGGGGUUCAUAACCUGACCCGCCGCAGUACAGUCAGCCUCUUGGACACCUACCAGCGAUGUGGGCUUAAGCGCAAGAGCGAGGAGCUUGACAACAACAGCAGCGUGCAGAUCAUUGAGGAGCACGGCCCACCAAUGAUCCAGAACGGAGCCACCAGUGGGGCCACGGUGGCCACAGUGGCCACCGCCACUUCCACGGCGACCUCCAAGAACAGCGGCUCCAACAGUGAGGGCGACUACCAACUGGUGCAGCACGAGGUACUCUGCUCCAUGACCAACACCUACGAGGUGCUAGAGUUCCUGGGGCGGGGCACGUUCGGACAGGUGGUAAAAUGCUGGAAGAGGGGCACCAACGAGAUUGUGGCCAUCAAGAUCCUGAAAAACCACCCAUCGUAUGCACGGCAGGGUCAGAUCGAAGUCAGCAUCCUUGCACGUCUCAGCACGGAGAGCGCUGACGACUACAACUUUGUGAGAGCCUACGAGUGCUUCCAGCACAAGAACCAUACCUGUCUGGUGUUUGAGAUGCUGGAGCAGAAUCUGUACGACUUCCUCAAGCAGAACAAGUUCAGCCCUCUGCCCCUCAAGUACAUAAGACCCGUGCUACAGCAGGUGGCCACGGCCCUGAUGAAGCUGAAAAGCCUGGGGCUUAUCCACGCUGACCUGAAGCCAGAGAACAUCAUGCUGGUGGACCCAUCCAGACAGCCGUACAGGGUCAAGGUCAUCGACUUUGGCUCAGCCAGCCACGUCUCCAAGGCGGUCUGCUCCACCUAUCUACAGUCCAGAUACUACAGGGCUCCAGAGAUCAUCCUGGGCUUACCGUUCUGCGAGGCCAUCGACAUGUGGUCCCUGGGCUGUGUGAUAGCGGAGCUCUUCCUGGGCUGGCCCCUCUACCCCGGGGCCUCCGAGUACGACCAGAUCCGGUACAUCUCCCAGACACAGGGUCUGCCUGCGGAAUAUCUGCUGAGUGCAGGAACGAAGACCACCAGGUUUUUCAACAGAGACCCUGACUCCACCUACCCUCUCUGGAGACUCAAGACUCCAGAGGACCAUGAGGGCGAAACAGGGAUCAAGUCCAAGGAGGCCCGCAAGUACAUCUUCAAUUGCUUGGAUGAUAUGGCGCAGGUGAAUAUGACUUCGGAUCUGGAGGGGAGCGACAUGCUGGCCGAGAAGGCAGACAGGAGGGAGUUCAUUGACUUGUUGACCAAGAUGCUGACCAUCGACGCGGACAAGAGGAUCACGCCUAUCGAAACCCUCAACCACCCUUUUGUUACCAUGUCUCAUCUGCUCGAUUUACCCCACAGCACACAUGUGAAGUCGUGCUUCCAAAACAUGGAGAUAUGUAAGCGUCGUGUGAACAUGUACGAUACGGUCAACCAGAGCAAGACGCCCUUUAUUACCCAUGUGGCUCCCAGCACCUCCACCAACCUCACCAUGACAUUCAACAACCAGCUUAACACUGUGCACAGCCAGGCCACCAACCUGGCUCCUUCCUCCACCACCAAAGCCACCCUUUCCCUUGCCAAUCCUGAUGUCUCCAUACUUAACUACCAAUCUGCACUCUACCAGCCCUCCGCUGCCUCCAUGGCGGCCGUGGCCCAGAGGAGCAUGCCCCUGCAGCCGGGGGCUCCUCAGCUCUGCGCCGCGCGACCGGACCCAUUCCAGCAGGCGCUCAUUGUCUGCCCACCCGGCUUCCAAGGGCUACAGGCGUCCCCUUCCAAGCACACAAGCUACUCUGUGCGGAUGGAAAAUGCUGUUCCCAUAGUGACACAGGCCCCCGGUGCCCAACCCCUGCAGAUCCAGCCCGGUCUGCUGACACAGCAGGCCUGGCCCAGCGGCACUCAGCAGAUCCUGCUUCCCCCAGCUUGGCAGCAGCUUACCCACACCUCGGUCCAGCAUGCCACCGUCAUACCAGACUCCAUGAGCAGCACACAGCCUCUUGCCAACUGGAGGAAUUCCCACCCUCAUGGCAGUCACUAUAAUCCCAUCAUGCAGCAGCCGGCCUUGCUGGCUGGCCAUGUCACCCUCCCAUCCAACCAGCCCCUCAAUGUGGGCGUGGCUCACGUCAUGAGGCAGCCCUCCACCAACAACAACUCCUCUUCUAAAAAGAACAAACAGCACCAGAUGUCUGCCAGGAAUGCAUCAGCCUACGAGGUGUCAUCCUCCCAGGCGGUGCUCUCUCCACAGCGCUCCAAGCGGGUGAAGGAGAAUACACCCCCGCGCUGCGCUGUGCUGCAGAACGGCUCUGCCCUCAACUGCCCGCCCCCGCACGGCUGUGGAGUCGGAGGCUGGGGGGGUGCCGAGGCGGAGCUGGCCUCCAGCACCACCCGGGAUCAUCAGCAUCCACACCACGUCCCCCGGCAGACCAUAAUCAUCCCCGACACGCCCAGCCCUGCGGUCAGCAUCAUCACCAUCAGCAGUGACACGGAUGAGGAAGAUGACCACAAACAGAGCAACAACAGCUCAUCUUCCAAGCAGAGGAAGAAUGUCAUCAGUUGUGUGACGGUCCAUGACUCGCCCAACUCCGACUGCUCCAGCAACAACAGCCCUUACACUGUGGAGUCGAGACCUCCCAACAACAACAGCUACGACACCAAGACCACCAUACUGGACAACUACAACAAUGGGAACCCCCGCACCAUCAUCAUCCCCCCUCUCAAAACCCAGACCAGCGAGGUCAUGAAUGAGUGUGAGCACCUGAUGUCAGAUGCAAUGAACCAUCAGAAUACAGCCUAUAAAUUUAAAUCCUCCAAUGGUGCCGUGUCUGGCAAUAAUCACCUGCCAGGAGGGAUGACUGGAGGUGGACCCUACCGACAGCAGCGCCAGGGCCCACAUUCCUUCCAGCAGCAGCCUCUCAAUCUUAGCCAGACCCAGCAGCACAUGGUAGCCGAGCGGAACGGAGGCCAUCGGCGCCAGCAGGCCUACAUCACCCCCACCAUCACCGCCCAGGCCCCUUACUCCUUCCAUCACAACAGCCCCUCCCACACAGGUAACGUCCAUCCGCACCUGGCUGCCACGCACCUGCCAAGCCAGCCUCACCUCUACACCUACACGGCUCCCGCUGCCCUGGGCUCCACUGGCACUGUGGCCCACCUGGUGGCGUCACAGGGCUCGGCGCGCCACGCAGUCCAGCACGCCAGCUACCCACCGGGCAUUGUCCACCAGGUCCCUGUCAGCAUGGGCCACCGCGUGCUCCCGUCGCCCAACCUGCACCACAGCCAGUACCAGGCCCAGUUCGCCCACCAGGCCUACAUCAGCGCCUCGCCCGCCUCCACUGUCUACACUGGAUACCCGCUGAGCCCCACCAAGGUCAACCAGUACCCUUACCUCUAG